AUGAAAUAUUUAUUGUGAUAAAAUAACAUAAAAAAAAGAGGGAAAAGUCGUGGGAAGAGUACGCGUUGGCAUUGGCCGAAACUGUUACUGUCACCGCCAGUUCACAUUUUCUUACAUCAAAGUCAAAGACCAUUCCUGUCAUAAAUAAACCCAUCUCUCUCUCCCUCUGGUUUUACUUGGAUCAUCUCAGACGAAGACAAAGGAGUCAAGGGUGUUUUCAAUUUCUAAGAAUGGCAGGCAGGGAAAUUCUCCAUAAGAUGAAGGCUGGGAUCUGCGGAGCAGCUCCUGACAUGGGAAGAGGCAAAAGCAAGAUGUGGAAGAACAUCACUCACGGUUUCCACUUUAUCAAGGGCAAAUCAAACCAUCCCAUGGAGGACUACGUAGUAUCCGAAUUCAAGAAAGUCGACGGCCACGAACUUGGUUUGUUUGCCAUCUUUGAUGGUCACUUGGGUCAUGAUGUUGCCAAGUACUUGCAGACUAAUCUCUUUGACAACAUUCUUCAAGAGAAGGAGUUUUGGAGUGACACGGAGAGUGCUAUAAGAAGCGCUUACAGAUCAACAGACGCAGUGAUACUUCAGCAGUCUCUCAAGCUUGGUAAAGGCGGGUCAACGGCUGUAACGGGGAUUCUAAUCGAUGGUCAGAAGCUAGUGGUUGCUAACGUUGGAGACUCGAGGGCGGUGAUGUCCAAGAACGGCGUUGCGCAUCAGCUCUCGGUUGAUCAUGAGCCAAGCAAGGAGAGGAAAGAUAUAGAGAAGCGAGGUGGCUUUGUAUCAAACAUUCCAGGGGAUGUUCCACGUGUAGAUGGACAGUUGGCGGUUGCGAGAGCGUUUGGAGAUAAGAGCUUGAAGAUACAUCUGAGCUCAGAGCCGGAUAUUACGCACCAAGCAAUUGAUGAGCAGACUGAGUUCAUCGUUUUCGCGAGUGAUGGUAUCUGGAAGGUAAUGUCGAACCAAGAAGCGGUUGAUGUGAUCAAGAGUGUUAAAGAUCCGCAAGCAGCAGCAAAGCACUUGAUAGAGGUAGCUAUAUCUAAGAAGAGCAAAGACGACAUCUCCUGUAUCGUUGUCAAGUUUCACUAGUCUCUUGUUCUUUUUUUUUUCAGAGAGCUUUUGUUUAUAAAUUACCAUCAAGUUUGCAAGAUAGAGAUGUAUUUUUAAAGUUGUCUGUAAAAUCAGUAAUGAAAUUUCCCAGAAUAUGUAAUAUAUGUUAUGUUAGUAAUGUGUUUGUUUCCUCUACAAACCACUAAUAAUAAGUUAUACCAUUUCUGAUA